CUGAUUUGGGAAAAUAAAGACUAUGGAUCAGCUCGGAGUAUUGUUCGUAUUAUUGGGAAAAUGCUUCCUUUAGAACCUUGUAGAAGACCUAAUUUUGAACUGAUCCCGCUUUUGAACUCUAUAGACUCUGAUAAUUGUGGAUCUAUGGUUCCAUCUUUUGCUGAUAUUUUAUGUGUGGCAAAUAAUGAAGAAACCAGUUAUCUCAGAUUUCGAAAUAGUAUUUGGAAAACUGAAGAGGAGAAAAUUGAAUUUUCCCGUCCUUUGCAACUAGUUUGGGAUCCAUUGUCACCUGCUGUAAGACAUAACAAACCAGUAAAAAAUGAUCUGCCUGUUAGUGAAGCUGCAGUUAAAAAAAUAGCUGCCCUUGAAGAUGAGCUAACUUUUCUUCGCUCUCAAAUUGCCGCAAUUUUGGAAAUGCAGGAACUGAAAAACAGUACAGAUUCCGGCUCCUUUGACUUGAAUGAAUUGCCCAGUGGUUUGGGGCAAAUACAGUCACCAGGGACUGCUCAGCUGAGUGUGGAACCAAAUCAGUUUCCAAGUUCAGUGCUUUCUUCUCCUCUUCCUGCACCACCACUUCUGCCUCAGUUUUCUUCUCUUCAGCCUCCGUGUUUUCCUCCCAUACAACCAGGGUCUAAUAAUAUUUGUGACUCGGAUAAUCCAGCAACUGAAAUGAAAAAACAGCACCCAGGUGCUAGUAAGACCAAUUGUAGUCAUUCAAAAAGCCAGAGAAAUACAGAUGUUCCAAACAUGUUGGAUGUUCUAAAGGAUAUGAAUAAAGUUAAGCUUCGUGCUAUUGAACGGUCACCUGGUGGUAGACCCAUUCAUAAGAGGAAAAAACAAAAUUCACAUUGGGAUCCAGUGUCUUUAAUAUCCCAUGCACUUAAGCAGAAAUUUGCAUUCCAAGAUGAUUCCUUUGAGAAAGAAAAUAGGUCUUGGGAGUCUUCUCCAUUUUCUAGUCCAGAAACUUCAAGGUUUGGACAUCACAUUUCGCAGUCAGAAGGACAGUGAACUAAGGAAGAAGUGAGAAACACAAAUACUAUUGACCGAGGUGUCAGCAACAAAAGCUGUGUGUACACUUAGAAGGAAAGAUUGCAAACAUACGCCAGUAUGUCCUUCUCUACAUUUCAAAGGAUCUUCUCUUCUGUUAAAUGAAGUCUGUGUACUGGGAUAUAUACUGGGAUAUAUUAAUGCAGAGGUCUGAAGAGUCUUGACUCUUAAGAAUACCUGUCCUGGUUUUGGAAGACCUGGUAAUUAACUGGCUACUGAUGAUAAUUAUGUGGAUGGACUUUUUUCAUGUAUGUUAAUAUUAUUGAAAGCCAAAUACAACUUUGAAUAAUUUUCCUAAGCAAUUAUGACUUACUAAUGUAAGCGCCUUUGAAUCUUUUACAAGUUGGUAGUGAUCUGGUUUACUUGAUCUCUAGCAGAGGAUAAAAUUAUAAUUUUUUCAUUAAGAUAGAAAUAGUUUGAAUUUUGUUGGUUGAGCCUUUUAAAACUCCUUCCUGAAAUAAUUAAAAAGUUAUUCUUAGAAACUCGUUUUGACUGUUAGAUGCUAAAAGUAGAAGUAUUUAAAGAAGCUUCUUGACAAGUUUUGCCUACACUUGCUAUGUGGGUAUCCAUGCCUGUUAUUUUUGUCUCUUUUUUUUCCUUAGUACAUUUAUGUGCUGUUCUUUUGUAAAUAGAGUGUAAAAUAAACAUGGCUUUUGCAUUCGAUUUUGUGUUUUUUAAAAAAAA